AUGGAUAUAUUGCCAUUGAAUUUCCGAGUUCUCUGGUUCUGUGGUGCAUGGAGUGAAAAGAAGGAUAAUGACAGUCUUUUUAUUCGUUUGUUAAGUUUCUGCUACAGAUAUGCCAUUGUCAUUUUAAUAUAUUAUUUUACGAUAUCAGAAGUAAUCGAGCUUGUAAGGACGCACGAUGAUAUCGAAGGUAUAACCGAAGGACUUUUCUUAGCGUUAACUUAUGUAGCUUUAUGCUGUAAAUAUGGGAACUUCUUAGUUCGACAAGACGAAGUGUCCAUGCUGUUAGACUGUUUUCGAAGAGAAACGUGUCAACCAAGAAAUUCCGAAGAAAGGAUGAUCCUUAUUAAGUACGAUCGCAAAGCCAAGUGGUGUGUCAGAACUUUCAUGACUAUAUCUCAAGCAACUUGCAUAGCUCUUAUUCUCGCUCCCAUCGUUGGACCCCAAAAUACUGACAGACCUCUGCCGUUCAAGACAUAUCUGCCAUACUCGAUAUCUGGUUUAUAUCCAUAUUUGGCAACCUACCUUCAGCACAUAGGCGCAAUAUUUUAUGGAGUACUACUCAAUGUCUCGUUCGAUUCCCUCGUCUACGGCUUCACCCUUCACGUCUGUGGACAAAUUGAGCUGCUAUGUUAUCGUCUAUCCAAGAUCUACAAGGCUCAUCCAGAACAGUGCCAAAUUAAUACGGACAAAGGCGCGAUGAUCAGCGAGUGCGUGAGACAUCAGUUAUACGUACACGAGAUCGUGCGCAGGAUACAAUCGUUGUUUGUGUGGACCGUGACGAUUUUAUUCAUUUUCAGCAUGGUGACCCUGUGCACCAGUAUUUUCCAAAUGUCCAAGAAGAAACUUCUCAGCGUCGGAUUUCUCUCAUUAACUUUAUACCUCGGCUGUAUGCUGUUUCAAGUGUUCUUUUACUGCUGGUAUGGAAACGAGCUACAAUUAAAGUGGAGUACCAUGUCGUUCUUGAUGAUAUCGUACGUGACCGGGCUCGGCUUUAUCAUCACGCCAGCUCUAGGAUUACUCAAGGGAGGCAAGCGCGUGCUACCUUUAAAGACAUACAUUCCGUAUUCCGUGUCAAAUCUACUUCCAUAUUUAGCUACGUAUCUGCAGCAAUUUUUGGCGGUAUUCUACGCAAUAAUGCUUAACGUUAACUUUGACUGUCUCGUUUAUGGCUUCACGAUUCAAGCCUGCGCACAAAUCGAUCUGAUAUGUUGCCGAUUGACAGACAGUUUGAGGAAUAUUGGCGAUAUUGCUUCCGGGCGGGAGUCGGAAACAAACGCCUCGAUCGUGGAAUGCGUCAAACAUCAUUUGCUCGUGAGCAUUCUGAGUAAAGAUAUUGCGACCACUAUUUAUUCCUGCGACUGGACCAUGGCGACGCCGCGAGAACGCAAAUCGCUGAUGCUGAUUAUGAUAAGCAGUCAAAAAGGAAUAAUGUUUUCUUAUCACGGAGUAUUUGCGUUAUCUCUCAAUACUUUUGCUUGGAUUUGCAGAACUUCUUACUCAGCUUAUAAUCUCUUGCAACAAGCAUCAAAUUAA